AUGAACGGCACGCAAAUUGGGGUGUUGGUGGCGAUGUGUGUGGUGUUUCUUCUGGUCGCCUCACUGCUUGUGUUUAUCCUCCUGCGCUUGGGCCGCCAGCGCCGCGCCGAUCAAAAGUCGACUGACGCCGAGGCACAAGAGGGAAGUGGGCGCGUGCUGCACUUCUUUGACCUCUUCAGAACCCCACGUUCUCUGGACCUUCAAGCAAUGUCCAUCACGGACGCGAAGUCUCUGCAGUCUGCCUUGGCGGCGGCAUGCGGUAUGCCGGAUGGCACAUCGCUGACGCUUCUCUGCGUGGAUGAGGUGGGGAGAUCGGUGGUGAUGGACCUUGAUCGUCUGGUUUUUCCCGACGAGCAGUUGGAACUCCGCAUGCGCCACACAGAGGGAAGACCGCUGCUUUUAGCUGAAGAGGAUAAACCCCUCACACCCACUCCCGCAACCUAUCAACAGGAGGUUCCCGUUAGGCAAAAUUAUAAUACUGAAAUCGACGUGACCUACGCGCGUGAUGGUGGGCGCCUCCCACGUUUGGGCGGCGCCUCGCAGACCGCAUGCAGUAAUGGGGCUGUGCCUCCCCCCGUCAUUCUGCCACUUUCUUCCCGGAUUAGUUCUGCGACACCGGUAAGCAUCACAGCUGCGCGGUACGUCGUGCAGGGUGGCGGCGGCGCCCUUGGAAAAGAUGCCGCGGCUUUUGUAGAGGCAGCUAUGAUGGGAAGCACGAGAUGCACCGUGACGCUUCCAUAUGGUGCUCGUGUCAUUGUAGAGCCUAAUGCACGUGCGGCCUGGCUGCUUGAUGAGAAUAACAGGAGCGCGGGGGCGCCUCUACUUCGAGAAGCGGCAGAGGCCGUGCGCUACACUGUGGACAACAUGAGCUCGGUGCAGUGGUGCCCGUAUACACGGCCCUUUUACCUUCCACCCGGGCGAUGGUGUAUCCGUGCGGAGUCCUCGACAGCCGAUCACCGCUGCAUUGAAACUGUCUCUCGGGUCUUUACUGUCGAUAUUGUGCCGCAGAAUCGGUGA